AUGCGGCAGCCGAAAGUUUUCUUAACUGGAGUUUCUGGUUACGUUGGAGGGCACUUAUUUGUACGACUCGUUCAAAAACACCCAGAGUGGAACUACUCAGUUCUCGUUAGGACAGAGAAGCAGGCUGUCGACAUUUUGGCUAAGUACCCAGACAUCGAGGUCGUAAUUGGUGACUUGGACAACAAAGAUAUCCUGGUCAAGGCUGCUUCGACUGCAGAUAUCGUUUUGCAGCUUGCAUCAGCUGAUCAUCUUUCUGGAGCUGUGUCUUUGGUCGAAGGCCUCAGCCAAGGGCAGUCAGCUCCGGGGAAACUGAUCCAUAUUUCCGGAACAGGAAUGGUUCUUGACGUCUCCAAGGGAUUUGGCGUUCUUAGUGACAGAACAUGGAAUGAUGUCGACGAUAUCGAAGAAAUUUCAUCCUUGCCGCUUGAGGGACACGUACACAGAGACGUCGACGAAGCUGUCCUCGAGGCUGGCGAACGAUUGCACGUGCCAGUGGCAAUCAUCUCGCCCUGCACGAUUCACGGCCUUGGUCAAGGCCCUCUGAAGAGCAUGGGCUUCUCUGUUGGUGGAUACAUCGAGAAGGUCAUAGAUCGGGGCAGAGGUUUUCAAGUUGCAGAGGCUCAAAAUCAGUAG